GCGUGGGAAGUUAUUAAAUAGAGGUCUUUCAUCUGUGGUUUAUUCAAAAAACCAAACGUUUUGGUCCGUACCGUACCAUUCAGAGGUGUACUCGCUGUGAAGUUUAACACUCAAACAAUCCUAACCACACUGAAAGCUAGCUAGCCAGCCUGGUUAGCUGGCCUAAUACCCCAACUUCCUUAUUAUUGCAGCUAGUUCGCUUGCGAAUUUUCCAUAUCCAUACUGUUCAUAUUGCUAUACUAUAAACACAUUCCACAUUCAACUUACAUUUUUUAGAUAUAUACUGGUAGUUGCCAGAAUAGUUGGCUGGACCUUGCGUUAAAUUGCUAGCUGCUUAUGUAGCUAGCCUGGGAGCAGUGCAUAGUGAAACUACUGUAACGUUAAGUUAGUCAGGAUGGCUCGGUAAUGAAAAGCACAGCUGACUCUUUAGCCAACCAUCUCAUUGUCCCUUUAGCUUCUAAUCACAUGUCACCCCUGCAGAAACCUUAUCUCCUGUCCUUUCUCCCUAUUAACGUGACUGUUUUAUCAUGCCAGUGAAAUUAUCAGCUUACCUCUGACUAUAAUUGGUUUCACAUUAGCUGUUUGGCCAUUUGAUUGGGGUCGAUCAACAGCUGACAGUCACAUUAACGUUACUGACACUCGCAUUGGUGUGAGCGAGAGUAGUCUACUAUUGUUGUCGCUGUCAAGUAGGCUAACGUGUUCUGUAGCACAUUUUAAAUAGGGUCUGCCGUAACGCCAUCGAGGCCUGCGUUUGUUUUCAGAAACAGUAUUCUGAAAGCUGAUUGGGGAUACAUGGGUAGGUAAUGUUACUUUUAGUGUGUUUCCUACUUCUUUGCAUGUUCCCUCUAAUCAACCAAACACACGCGUUUCGUAUUUCAGGGGGCGUUUUGUGCACUUUGCCAGGCCUUGAAUGGACUGAACCACAACACUGAAAUGACAGGGGGGAACGGAAAGUCGAUGAUCAAGUGUGUUUUUCGAGCGUCAAACACUCUUGUGUGAUUUACAUUGAUGUAUUGUUUUGUAUCCACUGCUAAUAUACUAGGUACUUUACAACCGCGUUGUGGGGGUCAACAUAAUUGGCAAGUGUGCCCCUUGAGGACGUUCCUAAGCCCACAUCCAUAGCACGGACUCGAUUGAGGCACCUCGGGCAUUGUCUACUACGGCUGGGAAACCUUUGGGAUUCGACUGGACCGAUAACCCAUGGGUUUUUUCCCAUUCUGCAUGCCAGGGAAGUUGGGGAAUAGUUUCGCAAUUUUGUACACCGGCAGAUACUUCAAUGCAAGCACUUCAUUUUUCGUCUAGUAUACACGCCAGUUUAUGCACGAUGGUUUUGCUGUAGACCUAUUUUCCAUGUGGAUGUCAUUCAAAUUGACUAGGCUGCAGUGGUAACGUUAGUCGCUUCAGCUUUACCGAUACUCCGUUGACAUGUCUUUAAUGUUGUAGUAUUAGUGUUUGAUACGGCAUUUCCAUACAUGUCUAAUGGGUUUCGGGGUGGUGCGAUAGUGAGCAAGGACCUCGACCUCGAAACCCUAUAACGGGAUUCGAUCAAGGCAGCUAGCAGGCUAGGCAAAUCGAGCUAACCUUACUGCAGUGUGCGUCAGGCAUGGUUAUGAGGGAAAACUUAACGGGUAGGACAGGUUAUUUUUGGUGCAACUGAGGCCAUGGACAUGCGUGAUGCUAAGCAAAACCAUGUGUGUCAUUUGAUAAUGUCCCGUCACAAAGUGUACAGCCAAGUCGACCACCACUUUCGAUAAAAAAAAAAAUCUGUCAACGUUGCACCGUGACCCACUCUGGACAGUGUCAGUCACCUCCUGGGUGCACGAAUGACUGGAUCGUUGAUUCAAGUGCGAGCUGUAAUGGACAGAUACACUUUCUUUUUACACAUGUAACGUUAUCAUCACAACGGUUAUCAAAAUCCCUCUCAGGUCCACGCAAGUCCUUUUUUUCAGUAAGCGCCUGUAACGACAUGGACCUGAAUUUUUACGCGGACCUUUCGGAGGACACCGGACAACCCGGCGACCCCGAGUUCCUUGACUCGCAGCCUUUUAACGGAUUUGACGUCGGCAGUAAGUUUCCAGGAGGGGGUGACAACUACCUGGCCAUCACCGGAGAGGGCCAUCAUCCCUUCCUCUCCUCCUCUGAGUCCCUCUCUCUCUCUCACCUGCAGACAUUCCACACUCCCAGCCUGGGAGAUGAGGAGUUUGAAAUCCCGCCCAUCUCGCUCGAUCCGGCCACGGCGCUGGGCGUGUCCGACUUUGGCGAGCUGUCUGACGGCGGCCCCGCCGGGGGCGUCCACGGCAACGCGGUGGUUGGUGGCGACGACCCCUCGUUCGCCUCCACCUUCGUCAACAACCCUUCGCAGGGCCUGGAGCACCUUAGCCUCGGGGUGAUGGGGCAGCAAAGUGGUGGCACACUGCUGGGGUCUACCCUGGGCAUGGACCUUGGCCACUCGAUGGGCUCCCAGUUCAGUAGCUCCUCCCCCGUGACCAUAGACGUCAUGAGCGACAUGAACCACGGGCUCCUUGGACACAACCAGCUGACCACAAUAGACCAAUCAGAGCUCAGUGCACAGCUGGGGCUCAGCCUUGGGGGAGGGACCAUCCUGCCCCGCUCGCAGUCACCUGACCAGCCACUCUCAGCCAAUGCCUCGCCAGCGGAGUCGCUCCAAGAUGAUGACAUGGAUGACUUCCGCCGGAGCGUUUUGGUGGACUCUCCUGUGUCCCUCUCGGUCUCCCCAGCGGUCAUCUCGCUAAGCCCCUCACUUUCGGACUCGCCCUCGGGCUCGGCCGCCUCCAGCGGGCUCCCGACCCUGGCGCGUCGUGGAGGGACGGGCACCGGGGCAGGAGCCGGGGGCAAGAAGGGCAAGAAGAAGAAGGACCCCAACGAGCCGGUGAAGCCUGUGUCGGCCUACGCCCUCUUCUUCCGGGACACACAGGCGGCCAUCAAGGGCCAGAACCCCAACGCGUCGUUCGGGGAGGUGUCCAAAAUUGUGGCCUCCAUGUGGGAUAGUCUGGGAGAGGAACAGAAACAGGUUUACAAGAGGAAAACAGAAACUGCUAAAAAAGAGUACCUCAAAGCACUGGCAGCUUACCGAGCUAAUCAAAUGUCCCAACCCGUCAUCGAGGUGUUGGACAGCACGCCCUCUCCGCCUCCCGCGGCCCCGGAGCCCUCCCCUCCCUCGGCACCAACCCGCUCCGCCCGCAUCCCUCACCACGCGCCCGACAACAACACCAUCACCAACAUCUGCACCUCCAACAUCAUCCUGGACCUACCGCAGGUCACGACCCGCUCACGCACGGGUGCGCACAAACCGACUCCCGCCCCGGCCACGAACACCACCACCUCCGCCUCUCCUCCCGCCGUUACCAAGAUAAUCAUCUCCAAGCAGGCGCUGGCGGCGGCCGGGUCGCCGGGAGCGACAGCGGGCGCCCGGCAACCACCUCCACUCCAGCAGAUGCAGCAGAAGCCCACGCCGCCGCCUCCACGUCUACAGCAGGCGCCGCCCCCUCUGCAGGCCAAGCCUCGGGCCACGGCAGCGGGCACCUCCGCGUCCUCGCCGGCCUCCUCCAUGGCUACGACGCCCCCGCCGCCGCUCCAGAUCAAGAUCGUGCCGGCCUCGUUGCAGACGGACACGCCCAUCAUCGUGUCAGCGGGGGAGGGCGCCGGCGCGGCCUCAGUGUCCUCGCCGCCCCCGCGCUCAGGGUCGCCCACCCCCGCAAUGGCAGUGGAGAUGGCGCAGCCCGCCGCCAUAGUGACCGCUUGCUCGCCCUCGGCGGCCGAAGAGGUUGGAGAGACAGAAGAAGCGAUGGAGGUCGAGUUGAAUGUGUCCCCUGGUCCGGACACGCCAGCCCCAGGGACCCCCAGCGUCUGUGUGAGGGCGGGCUGUAACAACCCACCAGUGGAGAGCAAAGACUGGGACCGCGAGUAUUGCAGCAACGAGUGUGUAGCCACUCACUGCAGGGAUGUGUUCUUGGCCUGGUGUGCCAUUCGUGGACAAAACUCCACCACUGUGACAUAGGUACCUGCGGCAGGACUGUGUGUGUGUGUGUGUGUGUGUGUGUGUGUGUGUGUGUGUGUGUGUGUGUGUGUGUGUGUGUGUUUUGGGGUUUGGGUUUGGGUGGGUCCUAAUGAAUCAUCGCGUGAUCCACACUGGUCCUCUGCAAUCUGCAUUUACCUGCAUUUGGGAAGACACAGCGAGAAUUUUGCCACGCUGUGGACGAAGGAGUGGUCAGGACAGAUGUGAAAAGAUAAUCAAUAUUUUCUAUUUUUUGAAAUGUAUGUUUUAUUUUUUGGUGCUGUUGUCAUCAUGAGUUUUAACACACACACACACACACACACACACACACACACACUCACACUAUUUCACCCUCACAUGUACAUCAAUUUACAGACUUUUUUGCGUUACCUACCUGAUCCAUAACAAAGAAUGGUCAAUAGGAAGUGGGUGACUGUAGAUUUUAGUAUGUUAAUGACCUAUUUGCAUGAAGGAGUAAGUGAGUAUAUAAUGAAUGAAUGAGUGAGUGAGUGGAUGGAUGUAUGGAUGGAUAGAUAGAUUAGUGGAUGGAUGAUGGAUGUGUCGAGUAGACUGCCUGGAACUUUUUUGUCUUAGGGAUGAGCAAAUUUUUUAACAACAUAUGAGAGAAUGCAUGUAACAACACAUGUGAGAGAAUGUCCUCAGUUACAUCAUUUUAUUGAGCUGGAUUUUAAGACGGAUCAUAAUUUCAGGCGUUUUUUUUAUCCAUUUUGUGGUGGAUUUGACUGUUAGGAAAAAGAACACAUUUUUAAAUCAAACAUAUUUAAAUGUCUACAAUACAUACAGUUACAUCACGGCAGCACACCAGUGUGCUUGUGAAUGCAUCAGCAUUUUUUUUAAAGGGAGGCAUGGAAAAUUAAGCUAUUUUGUACCUUUUUGAAGUGGCAUUCUUCACCACUGUACAUGAACCAGGAUACAUGUAUAUUUUUAAACGAGAAAAAAAGAAACAAACACUCAUAAAUAUUUUUAGCAUUGUUGUAAUGGAUCCUGUUUGCCAGGAAAUAAAUCAUUUUCAUUAACACUGUGUCCGUUGCCGUGGAAAAGGACACCUUUGGAGUGACAUACAUUCAAGGGACCUGCAAGUGACACACUGAAAUGCUCACAGAGCUAACUUUUCCUUACUCCUGACUUUUGAAUGGACUUAAGAGAAGAGCGGGAAUUACAUCUCAACACGUUUCCAAAUUAAUAAAUUAAAAAGUCUAUUAGCAAAA